AUGGCGACCAAGACCGCCGUCCCCCCAGCUCCAGCGGGGACGCUCGCUCCCACAGCACCUGACGCACCCAACGGUAUCAUGAGCCACUACCCUGCCGUCCUCCCCAAGCUCCCCCUUCCCUCUAUCGCAGACAGCUGCAGGCGUUACCUCGAAGCCCUCGAGGGCCUCCAGGACGAGGACGAGCACAUCAAGACCAAGGCCAUCGUCGGUGACUUCCUCGCAAGCGGCGAAGGUAACAAGUGGCAGAAGAAGCUUGAGGAAUACAGCGAGGGCGUUGACAGCUACAUUGAGGAGUUCUGGUAUGAGAGUUACCUCUCUCACUCGGAGUCAGUCGUACUCUCCCUCAACCCAUUCUUUGUUCUCUCAUCCGAUGUCACCCCACGCAACGACCCUCAACUGUCACGUGCAUCAUCCCUCAUUCUGUCUUCUCUUUACUUUAUCCACGACCUGAGAAAUGGCUUCCUUAAGCCUGACGCCAUCCGUGGCAACCAGCUCGACAUGAGUCAGUAUGAGAGGUUGUUCGCCACAUCUCGUGCGCCAACCGAGCUCGGCUGCCGUAUGGAGACGUACAGCGAAUCGCGCCACAUUGUUGUGCUCCGCCGCGGCCAGUUUUACUGGUUUGACGUGCUCGACAACAAGAACCGCCCUCUGCUGUCGGACCGCGAGAUCCUGACCAACCUCCAAGGCAUUGUCAGCGACGCCGACAAGUUCCCAGUGACCGAAACCAGCCAGAACGCCGUCGGUAUCCUCACCACUGAGAACCGCAAGAUCUGGUCCAAGCUUCGCCAUGAGCUGCGUGGCUCGAACCGCCACAACGCAAAGUGUCUGUCGAUUGUCGAGUCGGCACUCUUUGUUGUGUGCCUCGACGACAGCGCGCCCGCAGACGUCGGAGAGCUGUGCUCCAACUUCCUUUGUGGCAGCUACCGCCUCGAAAACGGUGUCCAGGUCGGGACGUGCACGAACCGGUGGUACGACAAGCUUCAGAUUAUCGUGUGUGCGGACGGAGAGGCGGGUGUCAACUUUGAGCACACGGGUGUCGACGGCCACACGGUCCUGCGGUACGCUGCGGACAUCUACACCGAGCUCGUGCUGUUGUUUGCAAAGUCAAUCAACCCGUCGACGCCGUCGCUGUUCAAGGCCAGGCCGUCACCGUUCGCCAAGGGCUCCAAGACGCCUCGCGAUGCCGACGACAAUGUCGAUUGGGAAUACGACACGAGCCCCAAAAAGCUCGACUGGCGCCUCACUCGCGAGCUCAAGCUCGGUGUUCGUUUCGCCGAGACUCGUAUCUCGGACCUCAUCUGCCAAAACGACUCAAAGGCUCUCGAGUUCCGCGGUUACGGUGCCAACUUUAUCAAGCGCCACGGCUUUUCGCCCGACGCCUUUGUGCAGAUGGCCUUCCAGGCCGCAUACUACUCGCUCUACGGCCGCGUUGAGAGCACGUACGAGCCCGCCAUGACCAAGAGCUUCCUGCACGGACGUACCGAGGCCAUCCGUACUGUCUCGGUCCCGUCGGUUCACUUUGUCCAGACGUUCUGCUCCGAGACGGCUACGCCUGGCGAGAAGAUUGAAGCCCUCCGCGCCGCAUGCAAGCACCACACGGACCAGACACGCGACGCAUCCGCCGGCAAGGGCCAGGACCGCCACCUGUAUGCAAUGUACUCUCUCAUCCAGCGCGAGGUCCGCCACGCCGAGGCCGCAGGCCAGACACCUCCCCCAAUUCCGGCCAUCUUCACCGACCAGGCCUACUCUGACCUGGGUUCGUCGACCCUCUCCACCUCCAACUGCGGUAACCCCGCACUGCGCCUGUUCGGCUUUGGACCAGUCACUCCCGAGGGCUACGGCAUCGGCUACAUCAUCAAGGACGAGGGUAUCAGCGUCUGCAUGAGCUCCAAGCACCUCCAGACUCGCCGGUUACUCAAGACGCUCCAGCGCUACUUUAUGGAGGUGCGCUCGCUUCUCAUCCAGCUGUGGCGUGAGGCCAACGAGCGUCCAGAGGCGUUCAUCGACCACUCGGGCGUCAUGCGCGACGCGCGUACCGGCCGCCGCCUUAGCGACCACGAGAUGGACGGUGUUGAUGAUGGCGUCCUUGAUGAGGAGGAGCUGUUUGGCGGGUUCGGAUACUUUGACGUCGGGACGCCAACGAUUCGCGACCAGACGCGCAAGCGCCGCGCUACCAUUGGCAAGAUGAUCCCCGUCCAGGAGUACUAG